CUAGUGGUAAGAUAGAAGUGUGUACACAUAUCAGUCCAAGAAAUCAAUUAGGAGCUUGGCAAACCAUUUCAAUGGCGACUGCAUUUCUUUCUCCUAUCUCUACCCAUAUUUCCAUCCCCACCCAAGGCCAAAACCGUGAAAUGGGUGUUGCCUCAAAUGGCCUCUCUCAAUCUUCUUUUCUUGUUGGAACCAAACCCAUCUCUUCUUCAACCCUUUUCUCCAAGUCUCUUCAACAAAAACCCAUCUUUAAUCGAAGGUCGUUCAAAUCCCCUUGUGCUCAGAAAUCCUCGUUUGAUCAUAUUCCCCACAAAUUCAGGCAAGAUAAUCUCAAAGAUGGCUUGAUGGAAAAUUUUAAAAAUGUCCCUCAAUAUCUGUAUGGCCUCAGUCCUUCACAAAUGGACAUGUUCAUGACAGAGGAUAAUCCAGUUCGCCGGCAAUCAGAGAAAGUCACAGAGCAAAGCAUCUCAUCUGCUAGCAAUUACUUGGAUAAUGGUGGUAUGUGGAGUUUUAGAGGCAUGGCUGAUAGGGGUCCAUCAAAAUAUAGUAUGAGUGUUAGCAUGUAUCGCGGUGGAGCUAGAGGGUCUGGAAGACCGAGAACAGCCCCUCCUGAUCUUCCUUCCUUGCUGUUGGAUGCUAGGAUCGUUUAUCUUGGCAUGCCAAUAGUGCCUGCUGUUACUGAGCUUCUCGUUGCUCAGUUCAUGUGGUUGGACUAUGACAAUCCCUCAAAGCCUAUAUACCUAUAUAUUAACUCAUCUGGAACACAGAAUGAGAAGAUGGAAACUGUGGGUUCAGAGACAGAGGCAUAUGCCAUAGCUGAUACCAUGGCCUAUUGCAAAUCAGAUGUCUAUACUGUGAACUGCGGCAUGGCAUAUGGUCAAGCAGCUAUGCUUCUAUCACUUGGAACAAAGGGCUAUCGUGCUCUGCAGCCAAACUCUUCAACGAAACUGUAUCUACCUAAGGUCAACAGAUCUAGCGGGGCUGUGAUAGAUAUGUGGAUCAAGGCAAAAGAGCUGGACGCAAAUACCGAGUACUAUUUUGAACUCUUAUCUAAAGGCAUUGGCAAAUCAAAAGAAGAACUCGAGAAAGAUAUUCAACGCCCGAAGUACUUCCAGGCACAGGAAGCCAUAGAUUACGGCAUUGCAGACAAGAUAAUAGAUUCAAGAGAUAAUGCAUUUGAGAAACGGAACUACGAUGAGAUUCUUGCUCAAUCAAAGGCGGCAAGGAGAGCUGGACCUGGUCAAGCAGCUGCAGCACCCUCCGGUGUCAGGUGAUAAGCGCAAACAUCAACGUGUCGACUACAUUGGGCUGUUGCUCAUGUGCUCCUUUACUAGCCGUACAAGUCGCAAUGUAUUGCAGCGAGUGUACUGGUAAAUACUGAUUACUAGGGGAUAAGCGGAGUUUAAAUUGCUAAUUUUUGUUGUGGAAAGUUUAGCUGUAACUGUAAUGAUGCUGCAAGUUCUGUUAUAGAAAAACUAUAUACGUGUUCAUAAGUUUCAUUCCAAAGUAAUUUGGGCCAUGUCAUGCAUCCCAUCUUUUUAUGGGCUCUA